AGCAAUCAUGCGGCAAUUGAAAGGAAAAACGAAAGAAACAAAUAAGCAGAAAAAAGAGCGCAAAAAGGAGUUCUUAGAAAAUAAGCAAAGAGUAUUUACAUUAGUAUUGCCGACUUUGUCUGCGAUAUUUGUCCUAAUUAUUGCAUAUGUUUAUGUCAAGACACGUCCUAAGCUUGACUUUUAAUUAAUUGUAUUUUUUUUUAUUUAUUUUA